AUGUCUUCUCAAGCUCAGAAGAUGCCUGCCAAUGAUGCUCCAGUCACCGCUGAAGCUCCAGAUGACUUCCCCGAGCAGCUGACUGGGUCUCUUACCCAGACGCCCGACGAGACUUCCUCAGUUCCCGAUCUUGGAGCAGCUAUUCAGUACCCCCCUCCGCCCUCAUACCACUCCACCAACCCACCUCAAUACAACCGCAUGGGCACUCAACCUACGAUCAAUUCGAUCUCAGUUGAGCCCAUCGCCGUGGAAAGCAUCGAGGAGCAGCCCCAACCGACCACCACCAGCGAUGGCAAUCCCAGUGCCAGGCAGAACCACCGCCGUUGCCGGUUCCGGAUCAGGCGCGGGUGUCUGGAUUGCGUGUCCCAGCUAGGCAGCGCAGACUUCUGGAUCCCGGCAUGCAUCAGCACGUACUUACUCGCCAUAGUAGGGCUCUUCGUGUACGCCAUUGUUCUCACCACCAUACGGGACAAUGAUAAAGGCUUGGAGCCCCACGACGAAUGCUACAGGAACCGGGAGCGCAUCGCCUACCUCGCCGGGUUUCUGGGGUGGCUCGCGGGCAUCGACCACUUUGUUGCCCAUCACUGGGUCCUGGCAGUCGUUAGGUCGACCUGGUUGAUCUUGUUUCUGGUGAGGCUGUUCUUGAGUCAUUUCUUGAGUAUUUUCAUCGAGUGGAAUCCCCCGCUUAACCUCAACAAACUGGACAAUGCCUGGCCGAAUGCGAUUCUUGUGACCUCGCUCUGGUGGCCGCUCGAUAUGGUGCUUUGGUUGACCAAGGUUUUUAGUGUUCCGGGCUGUAAGGGUGGAGGUGGCUUCUAAGCUGCUGUCAGACUUGAGGGGGCUUGGAGUUUGGUAUUGUCGGGAUUGUCGGUAUUCGGGCGAGGCUUGCUGUCUUUUGGUGUUCUGAUCUUCUCGGGACCUUUUUGCUCUUGAUUUCCACUGAUCCAAAGAACAGAGAUCUGGA